AUGGCGGAUCCGAGAAUUCGCAGACAAACCUACACAGCCGCAUCCCAGCCUUCCCGCGGGGCGUAUCCGCGCGGAUCUGUUCCCCCGCAAGCGCAACGCGGGGUCGGAUCCAGGGGAAGCGGGCCCAGCCGCGCAACUGCUGGCGGAAAUCUGGGUUCGGGGGAAAGGCUACCCCCGGAGACCGCGGAGCAGGCGGCGGAGCGGGAACUGCGCGAACGACGAGAGCAGGAGCGGGCGCAGGAGGAGCGGGAGAGGGAUGCGCGCGAGCGGAAGGCGCAAGCGGCGGAGCGACUGCAGCGGGAGCAGCAGGCGGUGGUGUCGCUCGAGCGAUCUGUGCAUGCUAAAGCGCGCGAUGUGGAGUCGCUGUCAGCGCAGAGCACGCAGAUGGACGAGCAGGCCUCAGCGAUAAGGGCGAGGGCGGCGGUGCUUGACGCGCAUUCGCUGCAAGUCAACGGCUUCGGAACCUACCUGGAGGCUGGGAACCGGGCAGUUACAAUUUAUCCCUCUCAUGCUGCUAAUAGUAAUGUGCCUGCUGCUGCUAACGCUGCAACGGCAGCAGCAGCAGGUAGGAACAGCAUAGCAGCAGCUACUGCUGGUACUUCUGCCGCCUCUGCUGCUCCUGCUACCCCCGCCGACUCUUUUCUCCUCUCUUUCCCUGGAGGCUUGGCUGAUCUGGCGCCUAUAGAAUGGAGCGAGCUGCCGGUGAGAGGCUUUUUAGAACGCGCGAGGCUUCAUCCGGAGGGGUUGGUGGCGGUGCUGCAGGGUGCUGUGGAGAGGAAGGCGGAGGAGAUAAGGAGGGAGUGUGCAGGGACAGAUGUGGAGGAAGAAGGAACGAGAUUAGGACUGACCACUCCAACCAAGGCGCCUCUCAGUGCGAGUAGGGGAAGUACGGCUGGGAUGACUGGUGGCAGUGACAACCGCAGCGGCAGUGGUGGUGGCACGUCAAAGCACCUUUUGCGCAAGGCAGCAAAGCAUGCAUCAUUCUCAUCUGCUGACGGUGGUGACGGUGGUGCUGCUGCUGCUGCUACUGCUGCUGCUGCUGCUGGGGCUGGUGGGAGCACAGGGCGAGGAGCAAGGGCUGGGGCGAGUCAGCUGCGCCAGGGACCGCAGUCUACACAGGAGCUGGUGCUGGCGAGACAGGUAAGCGUGAGAGCAUGGCAAGGCAAGGCAGGUGCUUUUCUGAGUCAGCUGCGCCAGGGGCCGCAGUCUACACAGGAGCUGCUGCUGGCGAGACAGGUGAGAAGGGCAAGUGUGUUGGUCGAUGGGUGGGUGUGGGUGAGUAGAUCUCACUGCUACUGCACUGAGUCAGCAGCGCCAGGGGCCACAGUCUACACAGGAGCUGGUGCUGGCGAGACAGGGCGAGGAGCAAGGGCUGGGGCGAUUCAGCAGCGCCAGGGGCCACAGUCUACACAAGAGCUGGUGCUGGCGAGACAGGUAAGAGAGGCAGGUGCAGAUGGUGGUGGUGCUGCUGCUGCCACUGCUGCUGCUGCUGCCACUGCUGCUGCUGCUGGGGUUGGUGGCAGCACAGGGCGAGGAGCAAGGGCUGGGGCGAGUCAGCAGCGACCGGCACCGCACUCAACACAGGAGCUGGUGCUGGCGAGGCAGGUGAGAAGGGCAAGUGUGUUGGUCGAUGGGUGGGUGUGGGUGAGUAGAUCUCACUGCUACUGCACUGAGUCAGCAGCACCAGGCGCUGCAGUCAACACAGGAGCUGGUGCUGGCGAGGCAGGUGAGAAGGGCAAGUGUGUGCUGAAAAGGAGAGCCGAAGCCGCCAGAGGAGAGUCUUUCUCUACUCGUGCCCUUGCUUUCCGUGAUGCAGACACCCUUUCGUUAUCUUACGUUCCUAUCCUGCGGCUUCCCUUUUCCGCCUGCCAGAAGGAGUAUCGCGACCUGUGCCUGCAGACUCAGAAGGAGUAUCGCGACCUGCGCCUGCAGACUCAAGUGCUCCAAAAGAAGGCAGAGUAUCGCGACCUGUGCCUGCAGACGCAGAAGGAGUACGGUGACCUGCCUGCAGACGCAGAGACGUUUCUUCCCCCUUGUCCCUCCGUUUCUCCCUCUCUUUGGCCCCUCUGCCAGAAGGAGUAUCGCGACCUGUGCCUGCAGACGCAAGUGCUCCGAAAGAGAGCUGACGCAAAGGAGUAUCGCGACCUGUGCCUGCAGACGCAAGUGCUGAGGAAGAGAGCUGACGCAGUGAGGCUGGAGGUGGAAAGGAGGACCAGUGAUCAAUCUAACAGACGGGACAGAGACGGGGCAGGGAAGAGGGGGGAGGAGGGAGGCGAGGAGGGAGAGGUGGAGGGAGGGGAGGAGGGAGAGGAGGAGGGAGGGGAGGAGGGAGUGGGUGGUGAGGAGGAUGUGGAGUUGGGGAUAGCUAUGGCGGAGGCAGAGUUGAGGGUGCUUCAAGCAGCGGAGAAACGACUAUCAAGUGAGGUGGCAGCAGCAGGAGCCACGAAUCGCAGAGUGCUGCAGCAGUGGGAGCGAAUCAAGGGUUUCAAUGACGAGCGCAGCAAUAAGUGGGCGGAGUACGAGCUUAUAAGGAGGAUAAACCAGGCCUAUGCACACAUGUGGUGGAACCUCACAAAUGGGCAGACUCAAAAGGCCCUGGCAGGACACGUGGCAAAGGCUGGAAGCGCUCUCAUUGGCUCGGUUCGAGCGGCAUGGGAUCUGGCCACUCACGAGGUGACAGCUGGCGUGGCGCUGCCGCCCUCCUGGCUGUGCCGCCCGGUUCUUCGGGCAGCUUGGGAAGCCAAUGAUGCGGCGACAGGUGGCAGGAUAGACGGUGGGACAGGGACAGCUGCUGACGUGGCAGCUGGCAGCGCUGCAGAGCUGGAGCCAGCUGUCGCCAGCAUGGCACGGCAACUUGCUGGGCUGCAGCAGCAGGCGGAGCAGCAGCACAUGGAGGUGCUAUCCGAGCAACUCGCUGGGCUGCAGCAGCAGGCGGAGCAGCAGCAUAUGGAGGUGCUAUCCGAGCAACUCGCUGGGCUGCAGCAGCAGGCGGAGCAGCAGCAUAUGGAGGUGUUAUCGGAGUGGCUUCCGCAGCUGGCACAGCUGCAGGGGCAGGCAAGGCAGCUCGUCUCGCGCACUCAGAGCGCCUCUGAACUGGUCUCCCAUUGGUGGAAGCAGCCGGCCCUUGGGAUCAUCCCAUGGGUGACAGUGGAGGGGAGGAGCAUGGAGGAGUGGGCAGUGGCACUAGAGGCUGCACAGAUGGAGAGGGAAAGGUAG